AUGCCGGCGGAGGCGGGGCAGCAGGCGGACGGCGCGUGUUCCCACGGGAUGACGGUCAGCUGGGACAUCAACGACCCGCAGAUGCCUCGGGAGCCAGACCACUUCGACCGCUUCUGCGAGUGGCCGGACGGCUACGUGCGCUUCACCUACCGCAGCGACGAGAAGAAAGCACAGCGCCAUCUGAGCGGCUGGGCCAUGCGGAAUACCAACAACCACAACGGCCACAUCCUCAAGAAGUCGUGCCUGGGCGUGGUGCUGUGUGCGCGGGACUGCGCCCUGCCCGACGGCUCCCGCCUGCAGCUGCGGCCUGCCAUCUGCGACAAGGCCAGGCUGAAGCAGCAGAAGAAGCCGUGCCCCAACUGCCAUGCUGCUUUGGAAUGGAUCCCCUGUCGAGGGUACAGCGGGUACCCUGUAACCAACUUUUGGCGGCUUGAUGGCAACGCAAUAUUUUUUCAGGCCAAGGGAGUUCAUGAUCACCCAAGACCGGAGAGUAAAUCAGAGACAGAAGCUAGAAGAAGUGCCAUCAAGAGACAAAUGGCUUCUUUUUACCAGCCCCAGAAAAAGAGAAUUCGAGAACCCGAGGCAGGAGAGAACCAAGAUGACGGGGGCCAUUUCAGCAACAUACCAUCCCUGGAAAACCCAGAGGAGUUUGAUAUAAUUCCUGACACUGGCUUCCCUGUUCCAGGGCAGCCUUGCUUCUCCUUUCCAAACUCGGAUGCUUACAAAGCUGCCUGUGACCUAGCUGCCUUUCAAGGAGAUAUAGUACCACCCUUUCAGAAAUAUCCAAACCCAAGAAUCUUUUUGCCCAGGCCACCCUGCAGCUAUGAAUUGGCAGGCCCUGGUUACACAAAUUCAGGCCCGUAUCCCACCCUUUAUAAAGAGGCCAGCAGUAUUCCUGAUGACACGGACUGGGUUCACCUGAAUGCACUGCAAUACAAUAUCAACUCCUACGGCAGCUUUGAGAGAAGCUUUGAUUUCACCAGUAAACAGCCUGGCUGGAAACCAGCUCUUGGAAAAGCUGACCUUGGGGAGAGCACUGACCAUGGACAGUUCCAGGCCGUGGCCGCUCGCCCUUAUUACAACCCAGAGCUUCCCUGCAGGUACCUCACGACGGCCCCGCCAGCUGCUCCAGCCCUACAGACAGUAAUCACCACCACCACCAAAGUGUCCUACCAGGCCUACCAGCCCCCCGCUCUGAAAUGCUGUGACAAUGUGCGGGAAGUUAAGAGCCUUUCUGGCUGUAACUAUGAUUCUGAAAACACCCAAAUGUCCAUCUACCUGGAAGACUUGGACCUUCCAGCUACAGUCGCCAUGGCAGCCUCUCCAACAGCAUCACUUCCUUUGAAAAUUCCUGGAGACUGCCAGGCCAUCAGACACACUUUGCCUUUUCCUCAAGACUCAGCACCCUCCUGGACAGACGGAGCAGAGACAUGGGAUGUGUGUCCAUCUGGACCGGGGUCUACAAUUGGUUAUUCAGAGAGAAUCAGUCCAUUCUUUAGCUAUGACCACGAGGACUUUUGA